AUUUAAACAUUCAUGCUGUAAAUAUUUUGAAAUCAUUGUUGUGUAACAACUUUGAUAUGAAAGACCUCGGAGAUACAUUUGAUGAAGUAAUGAAAGAUGACAAUGAGAAACCAUUACUAGCUUUAUGAGUAUGGCUACUACACAAGAAACUUUGCUAGACAAGCUAAGAAAAUCCCUUCCCAAAACAUUUUGGUUAAUUCUCUCUUUACUUGCAAUCAUAAGCUCAUCAGCCCUUGUUAUUUCACAUUUGAAUAAACCAAUAUCCUUCUUCCACCUCUCCUCUGCACCCCAUUUGUGUCAAUUUGCAAUUGAUACAAAAUCAUGCUUAACUCAUGUCUCUCAGAAGUAUCUCAACAUCAAACCUUGCCAAACACAAAAGACCACAAAUUCAGUACCUUAAUAUCCUUGUUAACCAUGUCAACCACACACAUUAAAAAAACCAUGGACAAAGCCAAUGUUAUCAAACGCCGAGUUAAUAGUCCUAAAGAGGAACUUGCUUUGAAUGAUUGUGAGCAACUAAUGGACUUGUCAAUGGAUAGAGUUUGGAACUCAGUAUUGACACUAACUAACAAUAACAUUGAUUCAAAGCAAAAUGCACACACAUGGCUAAGUACUGUGUUUACUAACCAUGUAACUUGCUUGGAUGGAUUAGAAGGUUCAUCUUUGGUUGUUAUGGAAAGUGAUCUUCGUGACUUGAUAUCAAGAGCUAGAAGCUCUCUCGCCGUGCUUGUCGCGAUUUUUCCUUCAAAAGAUAGUGAUGGAUUCAUUGAGGAGAAGUUGAAUGGAGACUUUCCUUCUUGGGUAACAAGUAAGGAUAUGAAGCUUUUGGAAUCUUCAAUUGGAGACAUAAAGACAAAUGUUGUGGUGGCUAAAGAUGGAAGUGGCAAAUUUAAGACUGUGGCUGAAGCUGUUGCAUCUGCACCAGAUAAUGGUAAUACAAGGUAUGUUAUCUAUGUGAAAAAAGGAAUCUACAAAGAGAAUGUAGAAAUUGGAAAGAAAAAGAAGAAUGUCAUGCUUGUAGGUGAUGGUAUGGACGUAACAACAUUCCUAGGCAGUUUGAAUUUCAUUGAUGGAACAACCAUUUACAGUAGUGCAACUGCGGUAUGAAUUUUGAAUAAGAUACAUCAACUUUUAUUCACUUAAUUUUCUCUUAUAUUUAAGAUCAGAAGAAAAAUUAAUAACAUAUUCUGAUAGGAAUGGGCUGGGCCCCACAAGUGAUGAGGGGGAUCUCUUAGUAAAUAGAGAUGAGGUGAGGCCUAAGCAAUGGCAAGUAUAUGUGAGAAAGAAUAAGAAAGGGGAUGCAGAAAAAUAAUGAUUGCCUAGCUGGCAUAGGGAGUUAAUAUUCCACUAAUAAAUAGGAAUUAAUAUUCCACUAAUAAAGGGGAGUGUGUGCAGAGAUAGCUGGAGGUUUUUAUUUUCAUUUUUCAGUUACACCUUAGAGGUUGGGCAGUGAGAGAAUUGUUUUCUCUAACUGAGGAGCAUUAGCUCUGGAAUCA